AUGACAGAGAGAGACAGAGAUUCCAGCAAUGAAGAAGUUAACGAUGAGGAAGAAGAAGGAUAUGAAUACUUCGAGUUUGAGGAUUCCGAGGAAGAGCAAUACGAAGAGGAUUCAGAUGUAUCGUUUGAAUCAGAUGGUGGCGAGAUAUUUGACACAGAAAAGUCCUUGGACACUCCACAGUCAAAAGUGGUGGUUGAUGACUCCGUCAAUGUCGGGUACAAUGGAACGGCGUAUCAUCCUUGGAGCAUGGACAAUUUCAUCCAAUCACACUUUCUCAACGCGUUGAAGAAGUUGCAGAGCUUCAAUUUGGAAAGAUGUACAGAGAGUGACUUGUUGGCUAUGUUACAUGUGAAAAAAUGGCAACUGGAUGAAGUUUUGGACGCAUAUUUUGGAGAUAGAGAAAAUUUGAUGAAGCAAUGUGGGCUACCGUGUAAAGCCAACAAUUCUUUCGAAACCGUCAAGGAUUUUACGUGUUUUAUUUGUUGCGAUACGUACCCAUCAACUCAAGUUUACUCACUAACGUGCAAUCACCAGUUCUGUAUUCAGUGCUACUACCAGUACCUUCUGAAUGAAGUCAAUAAUGGUCGUCUAAUAUCGUGCAUGGAACCGAGCUGCAAGUACACAAUCCCGUUCCAAGACAUUGCUCAUAUUAUUGCCAUCGUUGAAGCAGAAAAGACUUUGAUUGUGGCUGACAAGUCACUUCGAGAGAACCCAAUGCUCAUUACGUCUGCAAGAGAGUGGGUCGACACUAGAAUCAAUUUCAAAUGGUGUCCUGCCACCGAUUGCACUAGUUUUACCGAGAUUGUUAAUCCAUCAUCAGUAAAACAAAGCACAGAGUCCUCCGACUUGACGAUAGUUCCAAUUGUUGGAUGUGCCGAGCAUCACGAAUUUUGUUUUGAAUGCAAUUACGAGAAUCAUCUUCCAUGUCCUUGUUGGUUGGUUCGGAAAUGGAUCAAGAAAUGUGAAGAUGACUCUGAAACAGCCAAUUGGAUUGACGCGAAUACCCAUUCAUGCCCCAAGUGCCACACAUCGAUUGAGAAGAAUGGAGGCUGCAACCACAUGACAUGCAGAAAGUGCAAGCAUGAAUUUUGCUGGAUUUGUUUUGGUGAUUGGAGCAGCCACUCAAACAAUUACUCCUGUAAUCGAUUCAACGAUACAACAAAGGAGGAUGAAAUCCGGAAAAACAAAAGUAGGGCUACUUUGGAAAGAUAUUUACAUUUCUAUAAGCGUUACGCUAUCCAUGAAUCAUCAAUGAAGGGCGAUCAAAAGACGUUGCAAAAAAUUGAUAAUGUUACAAAACUAUACAUGGAGGAGUGCAGAAAAAAAGGCCAACAAAACCUUUCAUGGAACGAUGUACAAUUUCUUCCUGACGCAAUGAGGGCUUUGCAAAACGGAAGAAAGACGUUGAAGUGGACAUACUGUUUUGCUUUCUACUUAGCGCAACUGAAUUUUUCCCAGAUUUUUGAAACAAAUCAAGACUUUUUAAACAAAACAGUGGAAGACUUGUCAGAAGUGUUUGAAAACAUCAUCGCCAUUGAUAAGCCGGAUAAAGUAGAGACUAUUUUGGAGAAGAAAAAAGACAUUAUCAACCUUGCAGAGUUUGUCAACUUGCGAAGGAAAACUUUGGUCAAGAGCGCAGAGGAAAAUCUAAGGGAAAAUUUACUCCGUCUUGAUCCAAUAUAA